AUUCUUUGUGAUAUCAAAUCUUUUUAAAUUCAACCUCACCAAAUUGUGUUAACCAACAAAUAACCCUUCAAAAUGGAUCGCAUCAAGGAAAAAAUGAACACCCUCCGUAUCGAGGCCGAUGAAGCUACCGCAAAGGUUCAAGAGCUUCAAGAAAAGGUCAAGGUUCUUGAGCAAGAGAACCUCCAAAAGGAGCAAGAAAUCACAUCCCUUACACACAAGAACAACUUGUUGGAAACCGAAGUUGAGAAGUUAGAAAGCGGGAUUAAGGAGGCCAAGGCUGUGGCAGAGGAAGGCAGUCAACACGGUACACAGAACGAGACUCUUCAACGAAGAUUACAACUUUUGGAGGAGGAAGCUGAGGAAGCUGACAAGAACCUCCGCGAGACAAAUGACAAACUCCGUCAAACCGAUGUUAAGGCCGGUCACUUCGAACGUAAGGUCCAGGCUCUCGAGCAAGAUCGUGAUCAGUGGGAGGCAAAGUUCGAGGAGAUGGCCAAGAAGUAUGCUACUGUGCAAAAGGAAUUGGAGGACUUCCAAGCAGAGAUUGGCAACAUUUAA